AUGAUGGCGUUUUGUAUGUAAUGAUAAGCGUCAAUAGAUCUUUGUUGUUUUUGUUUACUCAGCAGUGACUAGUUAGGAUUCAGUUCAACAAAUUUUUUAUAUAAAUCACCAAUGUAAAACGACAAUUUGUUAAAAAAGGAAUUCUAUUUAUAAUACUAAAUCACAUUGAUUUAUACUGUAGCUAAUAAUAGUAGAGAAACAUGGAUAAGGGUAAUGCAUUCAAUAAAAUUGGGCAAGUAGUUGCAGGAGAAUUUGAAAUUUGUCAUGCAGAAUUAAUAGGCCAUGGUGCAUUUGCUUGUGUGUAUAGAGGUCGAAAAAUCAAGGAUAAAAACUUUCCAGUUGCUAUUAAGGCUAUAACGAAAAAAAAUGUGAAUAAAUGCCAGGCCUUACUAAGUAAGGAAAUUAAUAUUUUGAAGCAAAUUGCGGAGCUCAACAACCCUAAUUUGGUGUCUAUGAUAAGUUGCGAAGAAACACCUACCCAUGUAUUUCUGGUUAUGGAGUUUUGUAAUGGAGGAGAUCUUGCUGAUUAUUUCAUAUUGAAGAAAACAUUGAGUGAGGAUACACUCAGAUUAUUUCUGUUACAAAUUGCAAGCGCUAUGAAGACUUUGCGUACUUUAGGAAUAGUGCAUAGAGAUCUGAAGCCUCAGAAUAUCCUGCUGUCAUAUGACCCAGCCAUAGCCCAUCCUCAACCUUACCAAAUAAACCUGAAGUUAGCCGAUUUUGGCUUUGCUCGUACCCUGGAGGAAGGUGGAAUGGCAGGAACCUUAUGCGGAAGUCCUAUGUACAUGGCACCGGAAGUUAUUAUGUCACUUCAGUAUGAUAGUAAAGCUGAUUUGUGGAGCAUAGGAACAAUCGUCUAUCAGGCCCUUACGGGGAAACCACCCUUUAGCGCUCCCAAUCCUCAAGCUCUGAAAAACUACUACGAGAAAACAUUAAAUCUUAUGCCAAAGAUGCCGAGCUCUACCAGCCCAGAACUCCAAGAUUUCUUGACCAGACUAAUGAAGAGAAAUCCCAAAGAACGAUUGAGUUUCGAUGAGUUCUUCAAUCACCCAUUCUUACAGAGGGAUCAAUACCAUAGGAAAAGUCCAAUACCUGGCGAUUUCCCAUUACCGUUCUUCGAACCGUCGCCUGUGAGUUCGAGGGCGUCUCCGGUGAGUGCAAGAUCAUCACCGAAUCACAUGAAAUUGCCUGCGAAAACUGCUAGUCCAACAAGAGUGUCGACUCCGCCCCAAGCAGAAACUCUAAGUAACAGUAUAGAUGAUGAUUUCGUAAUUGUACCUAAAAAUUUACCUGUAUACCGUUCCACGGAGAGCCUUGAAAAGGAGAGAGGUACCAUACCAAAAAUUACUCAUUCGCCGUGUGAUCUGGACCAUCCGAAUUCGAGUCCACCUAGACCUUCUACGUUACCUGUUGCAUCUCAGCCUAUACCAACCCCUCAGAGAAAUACUAGAGUACGAAGGGAUUCAGAGCAGGAAAGAAGAGAAAGCGACCAAUAUACUCCUAGCGUUUCAAGCGUAGUUCCAAGAUCUGCACCUAUAAAUAUGGUACGCCAUGAAAGCAAACCAGAAACCGAUAUCGAUAUUAGCUCGUUAUCGCCACCAUCUGUGAAAUUUAUGAUCGGCACUCCACCUGGUGGUAGAAGGCGAUCAACUUCGAGUGGUAGCUAUUCAGAAACUCCGCCUCCUAAUAUUUGGAAUGGAUCUAUUAGUAGGAGUGGUUUAUCUAAUUCCCCACUGAGACGUUCUGGUACUUCUCCACCGUUCAGCAAUGCUCUUGCCAGAGUACCUAUGCUAAGUGCGCCAAAUUUAAGCGAUAACAACAACCCCACUAUGGGUCCCAAUUUUUCUACGAGAGCUAUGACCCUACCAGAAAUUUCGGAAAUAGGUAACAUGCAUUCGGUUUACAAUGAUAACGAUCAUCCAAUUCAAUUUAUAGCACCUGAAUUACCGGAAGACUCUCUGUUGGGGAAGGAGCACCAGGAGACCCUGGCGAAAAUAAAUUACGUCCUGGCAUUGAGCAACUCCAUCUUGUCUAUAGCAGCCCAGAAGUCUGCAUCUCCGUUGGUUUCGUUGUCAGAUUCGGCCAUGUCCAAUCAGAAUCUGUUGGAUCAGAGGGCGGAACAAGUCCUCUUGCUGAUUAGGGUAUUACAACUGUUGGGUUCUGGACUGACUCUGGCUACUAAACAAAUACGAGAAGGAACUCUGCGGCCCAGUACCAAUGUGACAAAAGUUUUCAUUCCAGUUGUUGUCACUCUGAAUCAAAAGUUCAAGGAAACCUUAGCAGCAUGUCGAAAAUUGAACACAGACGGAUUAAUUACCAAGAUAAAAACUCCAGAACAUACUGUCGAUAGCAUACUGUACGAGCAUGUAGUCCAAAUGACUCAGACAGCAGCUACAGAUGAACUAUUAGGAAAAGGACUGCAUAGUAGUGAAAGGUAUCAAACAGCACAGAUAAUUCUACACAGUCUGUCUCAACAAAUCAAUUCUCAAUAUGAUCAACAACAACUUAAGGCUUAUAAACUGGCUGUAGAGAGACGUCUUCAAAUUCUUCAGGAGCAGGGUUUGAUCUACAUCACUAAUUACAGUUAGAUAACAUAAUUGCUGAUGAAACCAAAUACUAACACCAUUUAGAGUGCUGUAACAAAAAUAAAUUGUUCUUAUGUCGUAUAUAACUGCUACUCUUACCGUAGUUCUUUAUUUAGAUCUGCUAAAAAAGGCAUAGACAAGAUGUUUCAUCUUUUGAGAAAGUAGGCGGUAAUAAUUUUAAUUUAAAAAAAAUUGAUAAUUUUUUUGUCUAAUCUUUUUGUUUAUAUAUCGUGUUUGAAUUGAAUUAUUUUUACUGAAAGAUGAUUUGAAAUUAUUUAACUUUUUUCUACAUAAAAAAAUUAUGUUUGAUUCUAUAAAUUAUCUCUUUUUAUUUUGUAAUUGUAUCUGAAUAUCAUUAAGAUUUAUGAUUGAAAAAUGAAAAAAAAAAUUAAACGUAUUUACUGAAA